AGAAGAAGAAAAAAACUGAAACCUAGAAGAAGAAUCCGGCUGUUUUUAUUCCCUCUGCACCGUUAGCUCAGCAGACUACACUUUGUCAUCACUGCUCCUCAAAACCAACUCAUACGGAGACCAGCGGUGUGUUUUCGGUUUGAAGAAUCGAGAAAACGCCCCUCCAUGUGUUUGCUGCGGCUUCAAUGAUGGCGGGUAGGGGCAGGCUGGUGCCCUGUGCAUGUCUGGGCCUGUUCGGUGUCCUGUGCUGGGUCUGGGUCUCUUUUGCCUCCUUUCCAGAUGAACAACUUCCACUGGAUGCCUUGGAUGCAGUGGACCGAGGAGCCUUUCAGCCUCAGAGUGCUCUGUCCGAGAUGGAGUUUGCCUCCAUCGGUCCAUACAGAGGACCUGGCAACAAUGACCGCCGCAACAACAAGGAGCUGCCCAUCCUCCUUUGGUGGAGUGGGGGUCUGUUCCCACAUUUCCCUGGGGACUCUGAACGCAUUGACUGUGCCACAUCCUCCUGCCUGGUCACAAGCAACCGCAAGGUACCCAAGAUAUAUGACCUCGUAAAGCCUUUUACGGGAACUCUUGGCUCAGACGGGGAGAAGGUCCAGCUGUACAAACGGACCGCAUCCAUCAUCUUUUAUGGAACAGACUUUCGGGCAUAUGAGGCGCCACUCCCUCGUCUCCGCCACCAGACCUGGGCACUGUUCCAUGAAGAGUCACCUAUGAAUAACUACUUCCUCUCCCACGGACCGGGAAUCAGGCUGUUCAACUACACUGCCACGUUUCGCAGGGAGUCCGACUACCCUCUGACCCUGCAGUGGCUGCCUUCUCUGGAUUACUUACUGGAGCCCGUGGUCGUGUCCCUGGAGGAGAAGAACCGGCUGAGGCGGGAGGGCCUGGGUCCUGUGCUCUACAUGCAGUCUCACUGCGAUGUACCAUCAGACAGAAACCGAUAUGUCCAGGAGCUCAUGAAGUAUAUUCAGGUGGACUCUUAUGGAAAAUGCUUGAACAACAAACCUCUGCCUGUUCGUCUGGAGGACACGUCCACAGCUACUGGCGAAGAGGCCAAUUUUAUGAAUUUUGUCGCACGCUAUAAAUUCCACCUGGCGCUGGAGAACGGCCUGUGUCCAGAUUACAUGACAGAGAAGCUGUGGCGGCCUCUCCAUCAGGGCUGUGUGCCUGUUUAUCGAGGCUCCCCCGUGGUGGCCGACUGGAUGCCCAACAACCGCUCUGCAAUCAUCAUCGAUAACUUCCCCUCACCAAAAGCUCUCGGUGAAUUCCUCAAACGUCUUGACGAGAAUGAUGAGGAGUAUGCUAAAUAUUUAGAGUUCAAAAACCCCGGCCGCAUCACUAACCCCCGUUUGUUGGAGGCUCUGGAGACCCGUGAGUGGGGGGUCAAUGACAUGAGUAAACCCAACUACCUAAAUGGAUUUGAAUGUUACGUGUGUGACCAGGAGAAUGCACGACUGGCAGCGGAACGAGCGUAUAGGAAAUCCCCGAAGAAGAACCAACCGCCUCGGUCUGAAAUGGCCAACAACUCUCACAUGGGCUGCCCCCUGCCCAGCCCGGGGUACGGAAAUGUCAAAGACUUACCAGCAGAUGAUGGAUGGUUGCAAAUAUGGCCUCAGGAUUACUGGCAGAGCCUGGACCAAGCAGAGGGGCUGGAGUCUUUGAUAAGACAUAACGAAUCAGACCCUUCGCUGCUGUGGAAGCACAUCCAAAACAUUGCUGUGAGCAGAGCCAGAGGAAAACACUGACACAGGCCUUGAAACAAACAGGAGGCUGGAGCACUUCCAGGAUUAGGGGUUGUGCAUCCUCUCUGCUUAAAUGAGGGAAUGAAGCGGAAAUCACAAAUACUUUUGCACACGAGCCAACACUUCUUUACCCGUAUGAGCAAUUUAGUUACACUAUAAUAGAUUUUUAUAUUUUGUUCAGCUGACAUGAUACGUUUGUCCUUUAUCCCAAGUUCAGUAAUGGGAAAAUAAUGUUCUAUAUGCUAAUAUUUUCAAGUCGUUUUAUUACUGCCCUUACUCCGCCUUGCAUUGUUAACGUUAGCUUCAGCCGUGCAGUUGUUCCACAGAGGCACAUUCUCACGGGAGGCCGAUUUUCAUUGGACUGGGGCAGAGCCAAGGGCACUCUGCCUAACUGUGUGUGAAGACCAUCCAGACAAUAAAGUGCAUGAGUUUCUUUAGUUAUUCAGCAGGUAGCUGAUGGUUAUUAGCGAAAGUCACAUUUAUGUACACGGCUGUUUUAAGUGUCUAUGCAAGGAAAAUAUUGUUUCACCAAGGAGGGGUGAAAGGCAAAAGGUAAGCUCCCCUGUGGGAAUUCACCACUGCUUUCGCAAAGUAGUCCUCAGGAACGGCUCAUCUAAUGAAUUUCUUUGGCAGUUACUUUAUAAUAUUGCCCGAACAGUUUGCUGUUAAAUGAUGCCAAGAUAAGAUAUUUCUGUGAACGUUUUUUUUAAAUGCUUUUCAAAAACAUUUAACUGCUCGAGGCUCCAUGACAGUCCUGUGUCUGCGUCACAUGUUUAUAACAGGAUUAUAUAAAUCAUUAUAUAUUUUUUUAAACAAAGCAUCAUACAUGUGAACACACUAUUUUGUAUCAAGAGAAAAAGUAAACAUUUUUGAAUAAAGUCAUUUUUUUCCAUAACGAC